AUGAACCCAAAUAAUCUAAGUAGCGGUGCAAUGUACUGCCCCUGUUGUAGGUGUAAGAAUAUAAAGCUGAAAAAUAAAGAGGAAAUACGAAGUCACUUAACAAACUGUGGGUUUUACGAGGAAUAUAAACAUUGGUCCUAUCACGGGGAAGGCCGUAUUGAAGAUGAAGUACCGGAUGUGCAUGUCGGUACUAGUCAUGGUUUCAGGACAGAAGAUAUAGAAAAUUUACAAACUAAUAUUGGCCCUGACCAUCCCGAAUAUGAUAUAAACAAUGAUGGUGAAGAUGAUACGACAGAUGAUGUCCAAGAUGCAACUGAGAUCGAAGAUGUUGAUGGCCCAGAAGGUUUUGAAGAUGCUCAUGUUUCUGAGGACUUGGAUCGAAUAAUGAAGCUAUUAGAGGAUAGUGAAAAGGAUCUGUAUGAGGGUUGCACCGAGUACUCCGGAUUUUCAUGUGUGUUGGAGCUCUUGCAUAUUAAGAGCCUCAGUGGAAUGGCAAAUACUUCUUUUGUUCUUCAUUUGAAGUAUCUGGCUUGUUAUAUUGAAGAUGGGAACUACCUCAGUGGAAUGGUUCAUCAAGCUCUGAACAAUAAACAUCAUGUAACAGAGAACUGGGAGCAAAGGAAUACUAUUGUCUUGAGGGUUACCCUGGAGCAUGGCACUAUGUUUUCAACAUAAAGGUUGAGUCCGUGCUCAAACAAUGGCGGCAUGAGCUGAAGAGCUCAACAUAUGAUAAUAUACAGCAGAUUAGCAGAGGUUUUUAAAUGUCGAUGAUAGCGUGGACCUCGAUCAUUUCACGGCUCUUCUUUUCUAUUGGGAUACCGAGUCAGCACAGAAUAAAUCUAGGAAGGGCUCGAUGAAUCGACAUAGCAAGCGCAAGCUUGACCACCACUUGGGAUCGACGUCGUUUGCCAAUCUUGAGUAUGGUUAUCACUGUUUUAAAAAACCUCCGCCUAGUCUGCUUAGGCGUACGCCUAAACCUAGGCGGUACCUAGGCCGCCUAACUAGCGCCCACCGCCUAGACAGUAUUUAGGCUACCACCUAGAUUUUACGAGCGUUUAGGGGAGCAUUAUCUGCUUACGUAGA